UAAAAAUAGAACAAUCUCUUUCCCUUUUGUCUCACACCUCUUUCCUCCAUUACUACUCCUUUAGAAAGAAAGAAAGAUCGAAUUUUUGAAGAAGAAGAAUGGCGGACCAGCUCACCGACGACCAGAUCUCUGAGUUCAAGGAGGCCUUCAGCUUGUUCGACAAGGAUGGCGAUGGUUGCAUCACUACCAAGGAGCUUGGGACUGUGAUGAGGUCACUUGGCCAGAACCCAACUGAAGCAGAGCUCCAGGACAUGAUCAACGAAGUUGAUGCAGAUGGAAACGGGACUAUUGACUUCCCUGAGUUCCUGAACCUCAUGGCCAGGAAGAUGAAAGACACUGACUCGGAGGAGGAGCUUAAAGAGGCAUUCCGAGUUUUUGACAAGGACCAGAACGGGUUCAUCUCUGCUGCUGAGCUGCGCCAUGUGAUGACCAACCUUGGGGAGAAGCUCACCGACGAAGAAGUUGAUGAGAUGAUCAGGGAGGCUGAUGUUGAUGGUGAUGGCCAGAUAAAUUAUGAGGAGUUUGUCAAGGUGAUGAUGGCUAAGUGAUGAGUGUCUCUCCACCAAAACCUUGAUGAGAAUGAUCUUAUUAUAACCAAAACAAAAGAAAAGAAGAAAGAGGAGAACAGGGUUGACGAAUAUGGUGGGACUUGGUAGUUUCCUUUUUUGUUCAAUUUUCAUUUGAUGCUUUUGCCCCUACAGGAAGUAGUAGUAUGUUCUGCUGCUGGUGGUGGUGGUGGAAGCUAUGUUUAUCCUUAAAUGUGUCUUGGCAGUUUAAUAUUUGUUUUUUUUGUUCUCUUGUGAACCUGAACUACCUGGGACGACCCAAUGUUUCUACGUUGAUUGGAUGGAUCAUUUUAUUGGUA